UGCCUCUUCCUCAUCCUUAGAUCAACUGCCACGUGGUAUCCGCCGCAAGCAUGCAAGCUUCCAUCAUCAGAGACGACAUCGAGGAGAUGGGGGGGUGUUUUCUCCACGCCCUCCCGCCCCAUGACGCUUCGUCGACAAACUCACCUUCGGAUCCACGCAUCACCGAGCUUCUCGACGCUUACAGCGACGUGUUCGAAGGCCCGCACAGAGUAGUACCGGAUCGACCCAUCCGCCACGAGAUCAUCCUCGAGGACGGGGCCGUACCUCCGCGCGGUUGCAUCUACCGAAUGAGCGAGGAAGAGUUAAGUGUGCUUCGGGCACAACUCGACGACCUUCUGGAGAAAGGUUGGAUUCGGCCUAGCUCAUCGUCAUAUGGUGCUCAUGUUCUCUUCGUCCGGAAGAAGAACAAGGAUCUGCGGUUGUGCAUCAAUUAUCGCAAGCUCAACGCGCAGACGAUCAGGAACGCCGACCCUCUCCCACGCAUCGACGACCUUCUCGAGCGAUUGGGCGGCGCMCAGUUCUUCUCUAAGCUGGAUCUCAAGUCAGGGUACCACCAACUCGAGAUUCGCAAGGAGGAUCGCUACAAGACCGCGUUCAAGACACGGUAUGGGCAUUUCGAAUGGUUGGUCAUGCCGUUUGGCCUUACGAAUGCCCCAGCCACUUUCCAAGCGGCUAUGACAACGGAGUUCCGACACAUGCUGGAUCGGUUUGUACUCAUCUACCUCGACGACAUCUUGGUGUGUAUCUUGGAACAGCACGACGGCUACGACUGGCACCCUAUGGAGUAUUUCAGCCACAAAGUGCCUCCCAUCAACUCGCUUGAUGAUGCAAGGAAGAAGGAGCUGCUCGCAUUCGUGAUGGCUCUCAAGCGCUGGCGGCACUUCCUCCUUGGACGUCGUUGGUUCACAUGGGUCACAGACAACAAUCCAUUGACCUACUAUAAGACGCAGGACACGGUGAGCAACACGAUCGGACGAUGGAUGUACUUCAUCGACCAAUUUGACUUCACACCGAAACAUGUCCCCGGCCUCUCCAAUCGCGCAGCAGAUGCACUCUCACGAAGACCUGAUCUUUGCGCUAUGUCACAUCAUGCCUUCGCAUUCGACGAGGAGCUUCAACGACACUUCAUCCGGGCAUAUCAGUCUGAUCCGGACUUCGGCACGCUCUAUGCACAACUAUCUUCAGAUCACCCGCCGGCCAACCAUUUCCGAAUUGUCGACGGGUACUUGCUCCUCCACUCGAGAGGCAAGGACUUACUAUGUGUCCCACGCGACUUUCAUCUUCGGACUCGCCUCCUCGGCGAGUACCGUGAUUCACGACUCGCCGGCCAUUUCGGAGUCAACCGCACUAUUGCACGGCUUCGACAGCGAUUCCGAUGGCCCGACCUCAUUACCGAUGUCACUCGGUAUUGCGACUCUUGCGAAGUUUGCCGACGCAGCAAGCCCCGCAACCGCAAUCCCUACGGCGAGUUACACCCGAUGCCUAUCCCACGGGAACCCGGUCUCUCCAUUGCCAUGGACGUCACCGGUCAGUUUCCUCGCGACCGGCUCGGGCACGACGGCAUCGUCACGGUUGUGGACCGAUUGACGACCGCGACACUCGUUUCAUGUCGGCGUUUUUGACUGCUCUCAUGCAGGAGUCCGGCACAACAAUGAAACCAAGUUCGGCUC